GGUCGUCCAAUCCUAGCAAGCAGCUGCCACUUGCAGUUUCCUGAUUUCUGCAGCCAGGGUCAGUUAGACGAGGAGACACCAUGGUGCUGAACCCUGUCAUUUCCAAACUGGCCAAUAAACUGGUCGUGCUGGCAAGUGCUUCUCCUAGGAGACAGGACAUUCUCCGCAAUGCGGGCUUAAAGUUUGAGGUUGUACCAUCCUGGUUCAAAGAAACUCUGGAUAAGUCACUUUUCAAAGAACCUCAUGAGUAUGCUGUUGAGACAGCCAAACAGAAGGCUUUGGAGGUGGCCAGGAGGAUGCUAUUGAAACAUUUGAAGACUCCUGACAUAGUCAUCGGCGCAGACACUAUCGUGACUGUGGAUAGCAUGAUUCUGGAGAAGCCGGUGGACAAAGAUGAUGCUUACAGGAUGCUGUCAAGCUUGAGCGGUAAAGAGCACAGCGUCUACACCGGUGUUGCUAUUGUUCUCUGCCAUGACAAUGAAAAUGAUGAAGUGGAUUACCAGCUGAUCGACUUCUACGAAGAAACAAAGGUGAAGUUUGCAGAUCUGUCAGAAAGUAUGCUGUGGGAGUACAUCAAUAGCGGUGAACCAAUGGAUAAGGCUGGUGGCUACGGUAUUCAGGCUCUGGGGGGCAUGCUGGUAGAGUACGUCCACGGAGACUUCCUCAACGUUGUGGGAUUCCCCCUCAACCACUUCUGCAAACAGCUGGACCUGAUUUACAACCGAUCUACUUCCUCUUUGGAUGAGAAGAGUUUGUCAGUGAGCCUGAGUGAAAAUGGCACUCAAAGCAACAGUCUCAGCUCCUCAGCCAAACACAACCUCCCAAACAGCUCCAGUCAAACACACCACAACCAGAACAGCCUCUCAGCCAGCCCCCUCAAUAAGGUCAAAAGGACUGGUAGUGACAGGGAAGCAGGUGAAAGUUCCCAGGCGUUAGUCAACAACUCAUCUGAACAUAAAGCAACCUGUAAAACUACAGCAUUACCACAGAUGACCAACAGGGGGCAGCUGACCGUGCAUGCGGACAGUGGACCCAAGAAAGAAGACUUGCAGAGAAUGAUGGAAUUGAUGGAUGGAUUCAAAGCCUCGAAGGCACUGUUUACAGCCUCCAAGAUGUGUGUGUUUGACCUGCUACAAAGCAGACCCGGGCUGGAGGCAGAGCAGAUCGCCCAGGAGAUCAAAGCCUCUUUGAAGGGGACUCAAUGUCUGCUGGAAGCCUGCGUGUCUCUGGGACUGUUGAGGAGCAAAGAGCAAACAAGCCACAAGCCGAUGUACGAGAACACGGAUCUGGCCGCACGCUUUCUGCUGUCAGACGCUCCUUCAUCGCUGCAUGGUUACAUCCAGCAUUGUAACAGCACGGUUUGGCCUCUUUUCUCCCACCUCGAGAGCGCCGUGCAGGAGGGAACCAACCAGCAUGACAAAGCAUUUGGCAAGAAAUCCAAGGACAUGUUUCAGGAUACUGUUUACUACGAUCGAGAAGUCAAACUGAGAUUCAUGAAGGCCAUGCACAGCAUCGCCAAAGUCACAGGAAAAGCCGUGGCAACAGCCUUUGACCUCUCCAGUUUUAAAACGGCGUGUGAUGUUGGAGGAUGCACCGGCGCCAUGGCUUAUGAGUUCGCAGAAGCUCACCCAGGGUUGUCUGUGACGGUGUUCGACUUGCCAGCUGUUGUUGACAUGAGUGAGCAUUUCACUCCUCAGCACAGAGAGCACAGGGUGUCUUUCGUCGCAGGAGACUUCUUUAAAGAUGACUUACCCAAAGCCGACUUGUACAUCCUGGCAAGAAUUCUCCAUGACUGGCCUGAUGAGAAAGUGGGUAUUCUGCUGAAGAGGAUCUCAGAUGCGUGCAGACCAGACUGCGGACUCCUGCUAAGCGAGAUCUUCCUGGAUGAAGACAGAGGUGGUCCGAGUCGCGGUCUGCUUCAGGCCCUCAGCAUGAGCGUGGGGAAACAGAGGAGUGCCACAGAAUACAGUCAGCUUCUGAAGAGCCACGGUUUUCUAACUGCACAUGUCCGACACACAGACAGCAUGCUGGAUGCUAUGCUCUGCAUCAAGGAGUGACUGAUAACUCCCUUCUGAAUCACUGUAUGUGAUCAACUGUCAAAUGUAGAUAACUGUCGCCAAAAUCAGGGACAGACAUGUUUUUACUGAGUGUGAACUUUUUUCAAGUAGCAUCCUUGAACCAAUAAAAAGUGUUUUUUUGUUUUAA